AUGUGUGGGCUAGUAUAUCUAUGCGUUCAACCGUUUUGUGCGGAAUCUUUCAAUGAAAAAGUUUAUCCGAAGGAAAAAAUUCCAAAAACUGUUAAGAAAGUGGAAAAAAGACUCAAAAGAAGACUGGAUAUCAACAGCUAUAUAACUUUUGUAGAUGGCAACAAUUCUCUGAUAAAAACGGUCCAAUCAACCGAGCUUAACAAAUCUUUCAUAAAAAGAAGUGCUUUCACGGGAAUAGAGAAUGACGAACUCUUGAAUUUCUACGAUUGGACACCUGAAAAAUUGUAUUCAAAAUUAGGAAAAACAGUUAAAUCAACGAAGUAUGAAACAACGAAUAAUACUAAUAGGUUCAAUCAUCUUAUCUACAAAAAACAGCUCUAG